AUGGAACUAAAACGUGCCGCUCAAUUAGAACCAGGUGAAGAUUCCAUCUCGGCAAAGAAAAAUAGAUUGCUGGUUGUUCUUAAUAGAGUUGAACAUCUUCCGGCAAUGAUGAUGCUUGUUCAAUUAUUACAACCCUUAUCAGCUUCUAUGAAAAGUGUGAAAGCUAAACCGAAUACGGGAGAAAACGAAAAAUCAGCUCAUCAAGUAGCAGAGAAGGAGAAGCCAACUCUCGGAACAGAUCUUUCAAGUUCUUCGAUGACCGUUCAUGUUUUACGUCUCGUUGAAUUAACUCAACGUAUCUCCUCUGUGAUGAAAUUUAAUGAAACCGAAGAAACUACAUUGUAUGAUCCAAUCAUGAACAUUUUCAGAACUUUUGGACAAUUAAAUUUUGUCAAGGUGAAAGCAAAUCUAGCUGUCGUUGCACAACAAGACUUUGCGCAGCAAGUUUCCGAAAAGGCUGAGGAUACUGAUGUUAAUUUAGUAGUCAUUCCUUGGGGAGGUGCAGGUGCAAUCAUUGAUGAUCCGUCAAAUCCUCUUGAUGAGGUUCUUGAACCAAGAGUAAAGAAAGUGACGAGUCCGCAAGUUGCGCAUUUUAUUCAAGAAAUCUUUUCAGAAGUAUCCAUCAGAGCAAAUGUUGGUGUAUUUGUGGAUCGUGGACUUGGCUCGUCUCCUUUAACGACCUCAAUUGAUAAUGUUGGUAAUAAUAUUACGGUUCGCGUUUUCUUACCAUUCUUUGGUGGUAUCGAUGAUCGUGAGGCAUUGUCAUUUGUAAUCCAUUUACUUGACCAUCCGAAUGUUUCAGUCACUGUCCUCAGAUUAAUUAAAUCAUCUGAACCCACAGAACAUGAUGUGACCUUAAAAGUUGAGGGCGAUCUUGAAGAAAAUGCGGAAUCAAAUGUCGAAGAAAGCCAACGUCCUUCGCUUGCUCACAAAAUAUCUUCCGCAUCUGCUCACGUUAUUCGUUCAAACGUUGCACGAGAUGCAUCUUAUGCGGCUGAUGAGGCAUUAUUGACACAAACCUUGAAGUCACGUACGGGUGUGGUAGCAUCAAAUGCUCGAAUAAAUUAUACGGAAAUAGCUUCUUCUACACCUUUACAAACGGCAAUUGAACGUGCAAAGGAAGUAGUUGAUCGUAAGGAUUUAGUUGUUGUUGGACGUGGGCGUCAUGAUGUUACUUUUAGUCAUAGAGCAGAAUUCUUGGAUAUCCUUAAAAAUUCAGGUGGUGGUUACGGCAACGAUACUCGUAAAUCAUUGGGCGAUAUAGCAGAAUCAUUUUUAGUUGGCGGUAUUGCUGCGAGUAUCUUAGUUUUGCAAGCGAAGAAGUCCACAAAUUCAACGGAUAUAGUUUAA